UCGCGCGCGCCCCCGCGCCGCGCGGCCGCGCCCCCGCUCGGCCCCGCAGGCGCGGCCCGGCCCGGCCAUGCCGGCCAAGAGGAAGCCGGUGCUGCCGGCCCUCAACAUCGCCCCCAGCGCGGCCGAGGGGCCCAGCCCCGACGGCUCCGCAGAGGCAAACCUUGUGGACCUUCAGAAAAAGCUGGAGGAACUGGAGCUGGAUGAGCAGCAGAAGAAGCGCCUGGAAGCUUUCCUCACACAGAAAGCCAAAGUUGGCGAGCUGAAGGACGAUGACUUUGAGAGGAUCUCCGAACUGGGGGCUGGCAACGGCGGUGUGGUCACCAAAGUGCAGCACAAACCCUCAGGGCUUGUUAUGGCACGGAAGCUGAUUCAUUUAGAAAUCAAGCCGGCCAUCAGGAAUCAGAUUAUCCGAGAGCUGCAGGUGCUGCAUGAGUGUAAUUCCCCAUAUAUCGUGGGUUUCUAUGGAGCCUUCUACAGCGACGGAGAGAUCUCCAUCUGCAUGGAGCACAUGGAUGGCGGUUCUUUGGAUCAAGUCUUGAAAGAAGCCAAAAGAAUUCCCGAGGAGAUCUUGGGGAAAGUCAGUAUAGCGGUUCUGAGAGGCUUGGCGUAUCUGAGAGAGAAGCACCAAAUCAUGCACAGAGAUGUGAAGCCUUCUAACAUCCUGGUUAAUUCUCGAGGAGAGAUUAAGCUGUGUGAUUUUGGGGUCAGCGGUCAACUCAUUGACUCCAUGGCAAACUCUUUUGUAGGAACUCGGUCCUACAUGUCUCCCGAGCGGUUGCAGGGCACCCACUACUCGGUCCAGUCCGACAUUUGGAGCAUGGGUCUGUCGUUAGUGGAGCUGUCUAUCGGAAGGUACCCAAUCCCCCCGCCAGACUCCAAGGAACUGGAAGCAAUAUUUGGCCGUCCUGUGGUGGACGGGGCGGAGGGAGAGUCUCACAGCAUCUCGCCGCGGGCCAGGCCCCCAGGACGCCCCGUCAGUGGCCAUGGGAUGGACAACCGGCCUGCCAUGGCCAUCUUUGAACUGCUGGAUUAUAUAGUUAAUGAGCCACCUCCCAAGCUGCCGAAUGGAGUUUUCACGCAAGAUUUCCAGGAGUUUGUAAAUAAAUGCUUAAUUAAAAAUCCAGCAGAACGGGCAGAUCUGAAGAUGCUGAUGAGUCACACCUUCAUCAAGCGCUCGGAAGUGGAGGAGGUGGAUUUCGCCGGCUGGCUCUGCAAAACGCUGCGGUUGAACCAGCCCAGCACGCCCACCCGCGCUGCCAUGUGAGGGCCGAGCCCCCCCCCGCCUGCCCGGUGCCAGCACAUCUGCCUCCGUCACCGCGUCCCCUCCCUCGGUCAAUGACGGUUCCCCCGGCCCCAGCUCGCCUCCCGUCCCAGCGGCAAAGCACCGUCCCCUCGGAAGCGUCUCUCUCGGCCGCCCCUCCCAGCCGAAGCGGGGUUGGUUUCUUUUGAUGUGGGGGUGUUCCAGGCCUCUGCUCCAGCUCUGGAGCUCCUGACACUUGGGAAAUGUGGUGCUGCUUAGGUUAAUUUUUCUCUUUUUUUUUUUUUUUUUUUGGUUUGGUUUUUUUGGAAACAUGUUCACUUGGGUUAAGAAAAAAAAAAAAGAAAGAAAGAAAAUAAUCGUGUGUGUGUGUGUGCACGCUUGCGCGUGUGUGUGAGAUGGUGGCAGGGGAUGGGGACGAGCAGGCGCUUCCCCCCCUCCCUGGUUUUCACGUGGAAAUCGGUGGCACCGGGAAUGGAGAAACCCUGUCCGGGGUGUCCCCAAACAGCGUCACCGUCCCGCUGGGGACGAGGCGGGCACGCUGCGGGGUGGUUUAUGGCUGAGCUGGAGAAGACCGUGGCCCUGAGCUCUCUCCCAGCCUGGGGGUGGCGGGGUGGGGGAGAGGAGAGAUUUGUAUUUUCUUUGGGUUUGUUUGUUUUUAACGGUUGGUUUAAAGCCUGUCCUUGUCACGCAGGGGGGGAUUUGGGGAAGGGUCUUGAUGAGGCGAGCGCAGGGCGAGGAGUGGGAGGGGACUUGGGGGGGAGCUGCGUGGCUGCCAGGGACCAGGGCCCCGUGGCUGUCACCUUUAGGUGACGGAGAGCACGGUUUUCCUUCCAGCCCGGAGAGGCGGGUUGUCCAUGAUGGCCGUGGGUCCCUCUCCUGACCCCACCGUCUCCUGGGGGUCUGGGGAGGGUGAAAGUGCCCCCCAGGCUCUGGGUUUUCCCCGCUCUGGCUGCCUCUCGCCCAUCCCAUGAGUGGCCGAGGCCACCGUGGCUGCAGCAGAGCCCUGGGGGGUCCCCCGUUGGACCCCCCCCACCCCCCUCCCCUUGGCCGGGAGGUGCUCGGUGCUACAGGGAGGGGAUGAACCCACCCGGGGAGACCCACGUUGUCCCAAGGUCACCGUGGCCGAUGGUCCCUCCCUGUCACCUCCCUUCCUGCCCGGGAAGGACCCUGCGAACGCCCCCCGGGGGCCACAUCCUGGCUGGAUCUGUCCCCAGCCCCACUGGCCGUGCUGUGGGGGUGGCAGGUCCCCGCUGUCACCUCAUUUGCCACCAUAUUUUCGGGUGUCUUACUCCCCUGCACUGCCAUCCCCGAGCCCUCCAGGGGGACAUUUUUGGGUGCGUUUUCCUUCUUUUUCAGGCUAGUUUUUUGCCCCCUUGGGCUGGCGGCUGAUGUCCCUUCUGCCUGUGCUGGAGUCCCACCGUGCCGGCCCCCCCCCCCCGCCCCCAGAAGCAAGCGUUGUGACUUGGUAACCCCCCAAACCCCUCGUCCCCCCAUCCCUUCCCCAGCGAAGGCGCUGCCCUGCUCGGGGAUAAACUCCGGGGGCUGCAGUGUGUGUGUCUGUGUCCCCCCACCAACAAAAGGCAAACCCGGGGGGAUGAUCCCAGAUUUGGGGAGGGGGUGUCCAGGACAAGGCACCCCGGGGGUGCUCGUUGUUAGGGGGUUUGACUAUUAAUUUAAAUGGGAGAUGGGGAAUGGGGACAAUUCCUAAGGAUUUAGGGUAUUUUCAGUUGGUUUUGGUGCUGGGUUUUGGAGGAGGAGCAGGAAAAAGUGUCGAGCGUUUUGUUGGUGCAAUUAUCGAUAUUAUUUUUUUUUUUUAAUACUCAAUAUUUUCAUCAUGGAAAAAAAUUAA